AUGUUCUAUUAAAUCCUCUUCCUUCUCCACCUAAAUUAUGAGGAAAUAUCGAAUUUGGUGUAUAUAAAGCAUUUGAUAGUGCAGAAAUCAUACCUUUAGUAAUAAGAAUUAGAAUCUGAAUGUGAAGAAUUAAAAGUAGAAGACCCACUAUAUUUUGAAUUAGAAAUUGUGUUAGUUAAGAAAGAAGAGGUUCCAUAACCAGAACAAUAAUCAUUUCAUUCCGAAUAACUAAAAUCAUAGGUAAUUCUUAAUAAUUCACUCUUUUAAUAACAUUAAGAAGAUACAAUAUCUUUAGAAGAUGACAAUCCUCAAGAAGUAUAAUAACAAAUUCAUCCUCCCUAAGAAAGAUAAAUUAUUCUUUAAUCCUCAAGAGGAGAAUAAAUGAUCAUGUCCUUUGCUCCAAAUUAAUAAUAAUUAUUCAUAAAGUCUUAAUAAAAAUCCUAAUCUGAAAAUGAGGUUUAAUUUGAACACUAAAUCAUAAACCAAGUUUAGAAAGAGCAGUCCCAUCAAACACUGAUAUCCUUAAUAUAGAAAAUGAACAUGUAGUUGCGUUGUCUCUCUAAUUAGAACCAAUAAACAUUAAUAUAGAUAUGAA